ACCAACAGAAAUCGAAGUAAGAACCGGAAAACUAGCAAAAUCAACAAACACCCACAAAAAAUUUUACUGCCACAAUUACAUACGCAAAAUUUCUCAUUCUUUUCCACCCAAAUUAUGGCCUUGGAUUGGCUUCUCCGGCCAAUUCUUCUCGUGUUCAUCAACAUUUUCAUACUUCCAUCUAUUUCUUCAACAUCCGAAUCGGAAGCAUUGAUUAAACUCAAAAGUUCUUUUACUGAUGCAAGUGCACUUAGUUCUUGGGUUAAUGGAUCAACUCCUUGUGCAGGAGACACUCAAUGGAACGGACUUCUUUGUAGCAAUGGCACUGUAGUAGGUCUUCGUCUUGAGAAAAUGGGAUUAUCAGGAAAAAUUGAUGUUGAUGCAUUGAUUGAUAUUUCCGGACUCAGAACUGUAAGCUUCGCACGUAAUUCUUUUUCGGGUUCGAUUCCUGAAUUAAGUCGUUUAGGGUAUCUGAAGAGCAUUUUCUUGACAGGAAACCAGUUUUCAGGUGAGAUACCAUCAGAUUUCUUCUUGAAAAUGGUUUCAUUGAAGAAAGUUUGGCUUUCGGAUAACAAGUUUUCUGGUGAAAUUCCAUCUUCAUUAAUUCAUUUAUCCAAUCUUCUUGAAUUGCGUUUGGAAAACAAUGAAUUUAGUGGUAACAUUCCAUCUAUAGAGCAAUCAACAUUGACAACAUUCAAUGUGUCAAACAAUAAGUUAAGAGGGCAAAUCCCAGCUGGUUUAGAGAAAUUCAACUCGACUUCUUUCGAGGGAAAUUCUGAACUUUGUGGGGAAAUGAUUGGUAAAGAAUGUAGAACUGUAUCCUUAGCUGCAGCAGCACUAAUCAGUUCUGUAUCAAAAAAUGCUAUAUAUGACAAAGAUAGUAAAUCACUAAAGAUGACAAACGCAGGGAUCAUAACAUUAGCCGCAAUGCUGCUUUCUGUAGUCGGUGUGGUAAUAUUUAAACUGAGCCGAAAAGAUAAGGAUUUCCAAGUGGGUGGAAAGGACGGCAGUGAUGCUGAUGAGUCGGUUGAGGUGCAAGUUACAAUGCCAGUUAGAUCCAAGGAAAUGGAAGCAACCAAGAAGCUAGGAUCGACACGUAAAGGAAGUAAUCAAAAUAAGGGUGGUGGUGUAGCAGAAUUAGUGAUGGUGAACAACGAGAAGGGUGUUUUCGGGUUGCCAGAUUUGAUGAAAGCUGCUGCAGAAGUGCUUGGAAAUGGUGGAUUAGGGUCUUCAUAUAAGGCUUUGAUGACCGAUGGCGAGGCAAUGGUGGUUAAAAGACUCAGAGAAAUGAAUGCACUAGGAAGAGAUGGAUUUGAUGCAGAGGUCAGGCAUCUUGGAAAACUAAGGCAUCCUAAUAUUUUGGGACCAUUGGCAUUUCAUUAUCGGAAAGAUGAGAAGUUGUUGAUAUAUGAAUACAUGCCUACGGGCAGCUUACUUUAUUUAUUGCAUGGUGAUAGGGGACCUUCACGUACUGAACUCAAUUGGCCUACUCGUCUCAAGGUUGUUGUAGGAAUUGCUAGAGGAUUAGGCUAUCUACAUGCUGAACUUUCUUCCUUUGACUUGCCCCAUGGCAAUCUCAAAUCAAGCAAUAUCUUUCUUAAUUAUGACAAUGAACCAAUGAUUUCAGAAUUUGGGUUCAAUCAACUGACCAAACCUUCUGUUGGAAGACAAGCUCUACUUGCCUAUAAGGCCCCUGAAGCUGCCCAAUUUGGAGUUUCCCCCAAAUGUGAUGUAUACUGUCUAGGACUUGUCAUUCUUGAAAUCCUGACAGGAAAAGUUCCUUCUCAAUAUCUUAACUAUGGCAAUGGAGAAAUUGAUCUAGUCCAAUGGGUGCAAAAUUCAAUUACCGAGGGAAGAGAAUCCGAAUUGUUUGAUCCUGACAUUGCAAGCUCCACAGAUUCGGUUGGAGAGAUAAGAGCACUCUUACACAUAGGCGCUCGUUGUGCUGAAAGCAAUCCUGCGCAGCGGUUAGACCUGAGAGAAGCUAUUGAGAGGAUAGAGGAAAUAAAACUGGGAAUCGGUUAUUCAGAUAAUAGAACAAUGCAAUUGUUACCAUCCCUUCGAGAUGGCUAUGCAGAUUCUCCUCCUCCAUUCAAUCCAUCUACUAGUACUAAAGAAGGUUAUGGUGAGACCUCUAAAAGGGGACGCGGAUCAUGCAGCUUUACAGAUAGUUCACAAUUUUCUUUCGCAUCUCCUGGCUCGACCUUUUUAAGCAAUGACAACUAGAAUUCUGUUUCAGAAUAAACAACUUCUCAGGAAGAGAACACAGGUAACAAAUUCAGCAUUACAGGACAUUCAGUUGCAGCAUUGUGGGGAUUUUGCGCAAGCAAAAGCUUGUGAAAGUGGAGACAUUUAAGAAUGCAUUUCUCAUAUAAACUUAGCUUAAUCACAUAAUUUAUUUUCCUACUUUUUUCUUUUAAAUCUUUUCUUGGAAUAUUGUACAUGGCUUUAACAGCAUAGUUAGUAGCUCGUAGGCAACAGUAAUACAUUUUUUUCCAAUAUUCUGUAAGACAACCACAUGUACAAACUUGUAUCUGAAAAAAAUAAAUAAAAGGGGAUUCUUAAUUUCCAGUCA